ACUGGUGGGCCACUCGGCCACGCCCAUCGUACCGGAUGUUGACUGCAAAUCUCCCGCACAGUCUUGCGCGUUUAUGCAGUUCUGAAGUACGGCUGCUUCUGUGAAAUUAACAAAACAAGUUAAAAGAAAUUCCAGAUUAUUUGCUUUUUUAUAAUUAACACAUUGCUAUCUAGCACAGGACACACCAGCUAUAGAAAACAGCUCUUAUAGGAGUUAUAGGGUAGGAGGAUGCAGUGCAUAGAGUGUGAUUCGUCCAGGGAGAAGCAGCACUGCCCCACCCCUCACACCAUGACCCUCUUUGUUGACGAUACAGGUUGCCCCUUGCGUUUCUUCAUCAGACCUGGCAAUGCCAAGCGCCGCAUCUUGCCUGUAAUCAAGCUGGGGGGCGGGGUGAUGUGCCGCAUACAGGAGCCGGGUGCAAUAUCCCUGGCUGACCCAAAGGAGCAGGGUGGGGUCGCUGCUCCGGGAUACUUCUCCAUGCAGUACAUCCUCGACUGUGUGGAGAAAAACGAAAGGCUGGACCUGGAGGGGUACAGGUUGGGGUCGACCCAGCAGGAGCGAGCUGAUUCUACAAGCAGUGGCCUGUGCUGGACAGGGCGUGUUGGGUACAGCAGAGAGGAGGAUGAUGCAAUCCUGCAAUACCUCAAGGAGCACAGCAGCAAGGAGAGCAUGGUCAGGGGCAACAAGAUCUGGCAAGAGAUGGAGCGUGCUGCCGUGACCUGCCACACCUGGCAGUCCAUGAAGGACCGCUAUAGGAAGCACCUGGCCGGCCGGAUGGAGGCAUUCCAGGUUGAGGACCUCGCAGCCACACCGAGCAACGCGGCAACAUGUUCCACCAAGAAGAAAAGCAAACUCGAGGAAACCGAGGCCAUGGACACAUCAGACCAGCAAGUGAAUGGACCCGCUUGUGCUUCAGUUGAAAACCAGGCUGUGGAGCAAGAGGAAAUGAAGGAGCCGACAAACGGAGCAGAGAAAGAGGAAGAAGUCCUGGAGAAAGAGGUGAGCGACACAGAAGUGGAGAUUCUUCAAGGACAAGAGGUAACUGUGGAGUCCGCCCAGCUCACACAGAGCAGCAGUGCAAAGCGCCGGAAAUUGGGGAUUCUGGAAUUGGCAAUCUGUGAAUUUCAGUCCGGUGAUGAGACCCCAGAUCUAGAAGAUCUAGUGACUGGUGAGGCAAGAGACCAGGAGGAAGCAGGAGCCCAGAGUGUUGUAGCUGGCCAGGAGAGCGUGCCCGUGGCUGGGAGAGCUGAGUUAGGGCAGCCCCAAAGCCCAGUGUCUUUGCUUUCUAAGUUUAUGAUGCACAAGGACUCAUUCAUUGUAGAUUCCCAGACGCAGGAGGGUGAGGAGGGGACGUCCGACCCCUCUGAGGCGGAGGUGGAAGACGCCAUCGCUGCUGUGCAGUUCCUGAUGGAUGAGUUUGGAGUGGACCUGGCGUGCGUGAUGCAGAGCUUGCUGAAGAACAGCGGUGAUUUCCAGGCUGUGCGGCACUACCUGCGCACCGGCCGCAGAGCGGACGGGAGACCCCUCUGGACACGGCACGACGACCUGGAUCUGCAGUCAGGAGACCCCGCCACAAAACAGGCUCUAAUACUCAAGUAUGGGGAGGAAUGCGUGGCCAAGAGGGUGGCAUUUUUCAAUACCUGACCUGCAGAGGGAUUAAAGGCUGUUUUUGCUCUUGUUGUUUUUGUAUGUUAAUAAAAAUAAUAAAUAAAAAAGACUGUGAAAUGGUUCACAUUUUUCAGUGCAGUUUGGAAACUGGAUUGUUUUGGUUCAGAUUCAGUUUUUCUUUUCUUUUUGUUUUUGAUGACCAAAACCUCGCUAUAACGAACCUGUUGGGGUCCAAGCCUUUUGUUCGUUACAUCGAGGGGUUCGUUACAGCGAAAGGACAAUCAAAAUGAACAAUACACUGUUGGAGUAAAAAAAAAAAAAAAAAAUCCAGAAUGGAAGCUGAACUUUUAUUCAAAAUCAAUCUGACAUGAAAAGUUCAUCAGAUCCUCGUGGGUUUUUUUUUUCUCUCUUUAAUCAAUUUUGCUUUGCCACAUGCUGAACAAGCCAAAAAACAGAGUGCUUUUUGACAAUCUAUAUUCACAACAGAGAUAUGCCUGCGUUACUGCUGUUUUGUAAAUAAUCAAUAAAGUUUCCCGGUUUGUUGCAAAAUAAAAUGAUUUUCGUUUCGGAGACAUAGUUACACAGAGCGCGCCUUUAUGAAGAUAAGUGUUGACUUCACUGCAGCCAUGCGUACAGACCAGGAUGUUGACAGUGCGUGUUUAUAUGAUCUUUUUUUAAUGUUUUAUUUGGGGGUCCAGGGGCCAGGUUCGUUGUAGCCGAAUGCUCGUUAUAAUGAAGGGCGUUAUAGCGAGGGGGUGCUGUAUUUCUGCCUCCAAUUCAUAAAAAUGAAUGGACCAGGAUAUCAAAGGGAUUGUGCUUGUCAGCUGAAAUCCUGGUUCGAAUGUGCAUUAGCUUUAACGGGAUCACUGGGGAAGAUAAGUGUUUUAGUAAAAAAUAAAAUAAAAUAAUAGUUCUCUGACAAGAUGGACAUUCUCCAUUGUUCUUAAUUGUUCAUUGUGUUCAAUAAAAUAAAUUGAGCAUU